AUGGAUACAUCGGAACAUUCCAUCGUUUUAGAAGAGACCGCCUUGGUGGAAGAAAGCUUAAGAAGCAUGGCCGAAGAAACCGCCAUAGCAAUCCCACUGGAAGAAGAAGAAGAAGACAACACCGACACUUUGGAUUUGGACUUGCAUCCACUGGGUUUGGAACACGACGUGCGGUGGGUACAAAAGCUAUCCAGAACCAAACGUGUCAGUCGUAUGAUCCUUCACAGCUCGCUCUACAAGAUUAUCAAGGACGAAGAUAUGGACUUGUCAGAAGAUCACGAAGAAGACUCGCAGGAAGCCCGGCUGGUGGUGCAGUUGCUGGCGCACUUGGGUAACUUUGCGGCAUUCACCCACAUUACAAUCCACGGACUACCCUUCGCAGUACCGGUCCGUCCCUUGGCUCGGAUGUUUCAACAAACACGGAACACACUGAUACAUUUGGAAAUGUCUCAUAUAGAGAUUGUAGGGGACGAUGGAGAUUUUGAAGAGCUCAAUUCUGCGUUAAAGCAGCUAAAUCACUUGGAGUCUGUCGUUCUGGAACAAGUUUCCCCCGGCGACGAGAAACGCAUGGCUCAGAUCAUACUGUCCAGCUCAAUCCACACCCAGUCCAUCAAGCUGGAUUACUUGUUGCCCGCGUCGACCGUGUGGAUGGGCGAGAUGCGCCGCUUUUUCCGAGAACGCGAGGAACGGAUCCAUCUGAGGACUGUGGCGAAGAUGCUGGCCGAGAGACCCAAUAUCAAAAGCAUGGAACUGGCCGUUUACAGAUGGGGAUCACUCACCCCUUUGGUCCGGGCCCUCCGGCGGAAUCGAAGUCUGGAGAGACUCCAGUUUUUAUUUCAAGACGGUGCGCCCUCCCAGGGCGGCUGGGCGGAAAUACUGGCCAAGUAUACGUUUCGCAAGAUGAUCCGAGAAAACACGGUGCUGCGGGAAAUGAACUUGCCUGGGAGCCCUUCUGUUCAAUUCUAUUUGCGCUUGAACAGACUGGGACGGCAUCACUUGCUGAAGAGUGACCAAGCGACGCAAGCAGAUUGGAUCAAUGCCAUUGUGGAGGGUCGCGACGAUGUGAGGGUGACACAUUAUUUCUUGUCGAAGAAUCCGUCUCUAUUGUAUCGGUAG